AAGGUACUCCAUUCAUUCAGUCAUAUACACCGUCCCACACUCACGCACAGGUCUCUAACAUUCCCUUUUUCUGCUUCUGCGUUUCAACUAAAUUACAAAGCCUACCAUCAUUUCUCUUUCUCUUUCUUUCAUCAACUUCAUCCUUUGAAAAUCCUUUCUUCAUCUUCAUCCAUCCAUGGACACAGCUCAAUGGCCACAGGAGAUGGUGGUGAAACCAAUAGAAGAUAUAGUGGUGACAAAUACAUGUCCAAAGGCUGUGGAAAGUAAGCCAAGGCCACAGAAGGAACAAGCAAUUAACUGUCCAAGGUGUCAUUCAAUUAACACCAAGUUCUGCUACUACAACAACUACAGCCUCACACAGCCUAGGUAUUUCUGCAAGACUUGUAGAAGGUAUUGGACUGAAGGUGGAACUCUCAGAAACAUCCCUGUAGGAGGUGGCUCUAGGAAGAACAAGAGAUCUUCAGCUUCUUGUUCCACACCUAAUAAUAGUCACAAUAACAAUAAUUCAACCAAUAAGAAGCUUCUUUCUGAUCUGGUCAUCACACCUCCAACUCUGUCACACACUCAAAACCCUAAUAGCAAUAAUACUAUUCAUCAAGGCCAAGAUCUCAAUUUGGCUUUUCCAUCCUCCACCCCAGAUUUCAGAAAAAUCUCUGAAUUGGUCCAACAAAACAACAACAACAACAAUAGUAGCAACAACAGCAUGUCAGCUUCAGCUUCUUCUUCUUCAACCACAACUACAACUUCCACUUCUCACCUUUCUGCAUUGGAGCUUCUUACUGGGAUCACUUCAAGUUCCAGUGCUGGUUUGACUUCUUUCAUGCCUGUGCCGGUUCCAUCUGAUCCAAAUUCUAUCUACACAUGUGGGUUUCCUCUGCAAGAUUUCAAGCCAACCUUGAAUUUCUCUUUGGAUGGGAUCGGAAACGGGUACACAAGCCUUCAGAAUGUUCAAAGUGGGAGGCUCUUGUUUCCAUCUGAUGACUUAAGACAGGUUUCUAGCUCCACCAUCACCACAAUGGAUCAGAAACAACAAGGAGAUUCAACUGGGUAUUGGACUGGAAUGUUAGGCGGAGGAUCAUGGUAAUUAAUCAUCAAGAGAGUCAUAAAGAUAUAUAUUUAUUUACUUAAUUUCUUCUCUUGCUUUCUACUAAGUUAAUUUUCCUUUUGAACUUUUUUCUUUUGGGUUUUAAUGAGUUUCCGUCAGAUCAUGUGGGGACUUCACUUGUUUGGAUUUCUUCAUAACUGGCUAACAGCUGAUAGGAUCGAUUCAUACAUGAGUUUCUUUUCCUCUUCUGUCAAUUCCUUAUAUGUAUAUCUGGCUCCGCUUAUAUCUCUUCAUGACCAAGUUUAUUUUGGGAUCUUGAAAUGAAGCUUAUUUUAGGCAGGCUUCAGUAGUACUUGGAAAAUUAAAACAAGGGUUACAUUACAUUUGAUUAUAUGUAAUGAUAGAAGAGAUCAAGAUUAACUCCAUUUUUUUAGGGUUAACAAGUAGCUAGAAAGGGGGGCCGGGUAAAUUAAGUGUUAUUGCUGUUAUAGUAUUUCAUGUAAUUUCUUCUAUCACUGAAGAAGGGCAACAUCAUCAAUUGAUUUGAUUGUCUAGCUUACCGGAUUCGAAAAUGUAUAAUGUACAAGAAUAUAUUAUUAUUAUUAUUAAAUAAAUUA